CGAGGAGCCGGACCCCUUCGACGGCGAGGUGUGGUCCUGCGAGGUGCUGGGCGGCGGCGGGGCGGGCGGGGCGGGCGGCGAGCCCGGCGCGGGCGGCGGCGGCGAGGGCGAACUCACGGAGGAGGGGCUGGCGUGCCAGUCGGGGGACUGCAGCGGGUGCACGGGCGAGGGCGAUUGCAGCAAGACGCAGUGUUGCAGCUUGCCAGGCCUCCAGUGCUUCCAGAAGAGCGACGUCUGGGCAAACUGCAACGCCACGUGCAACAAGGACUACCGCAGCGACGACGGCUACGACGACAACCUGGGCUGGACGUGCGUGCCGCUGGGGAAGCGCACGCCCGGCGACUCCCACGCCUGGACCCCGUGCAAGUCGGAGGGCGGAUUCCCGACGCUGUCCGAGGACCCCGCGGGGGCGUGGGAGUCCGCCGACGGUCGGGCGAAGGAGCUCCUCGCGACGCUGAGCCUGAAGGACAAGAUCACUCUUCUGGAGGAACAGCGAGUGGCCCGACGACCGCCACGGGUACGCCGGUUACAUCAACCCUCAGAGCGCGCUCGGCAACGAUUGUGCGAUGCCGCUCGCACUGAACGACGGCCCUCAGGGUUACAACCACUACCAGGAGGCCCUGGCUGGCACCUCCACUCAGUUUCCGUGCCUUCUGGCCGUGGCGGCCAGCUUCGACCCGACUGUCUCAGAGAAGUACGCCGGUGCGAUUGCCGACGAGUUCGUGACGAAGGGCGCCAACGUCUUGCUCGGCCCCGACAUCGAGGUGGCCAGGGUUCCGCUGACGGGCCGUAGUUUCGAGACGCUGACCGGGGAGGAGCCGUUUCUGGGUGCGAGCCUCGUCGGCCCUUACGUGAAGGCCGUUCAGGAUCGCGGCAUCAUCGUCACGAUCAAGCACUGGCUCGACAACAACGAGGAGAUCUUCCGCAUGACCAUGAACGUCGACGUGGACGCUCGCACGCAGCACGAGAUCUACAUGCCAGUCUUCAAGGCCGCCAUCGAAGCCGGCGCAAGUGCGGUGAUGUGCUCCUACCAGAAGGUUGAUGGCACCCACGCGUGUGAGAACAAGCAGCUGCUCAAGACCCUGCUGCGCGAGGACCUCGGAUUCCGCGGGUUCAUCAUGAGCGACUGGGGGGCAACUCACGACGCCAAGCGGUCUGCGGAUGCUGGCCUCGACAUGGAGAUGCCAGGCGGCGACGAUGAUGAGUUCCAGAAAUUGGAGAAGCUCGUGACCGACGGGGAUUUGUCUGAGGAGACUAUCGACGAGAUGGCCGGCAACGUGCUGAGGUCCAUGUACGCUGUUGGCCACUUCGACGGGAAGUUUCACUACACGUCGGCGGAUGCCUCGCUGGAUUUGGACACCACGAGCGACAAGAACCGCGACCUCGCCCGUCAGACGAUCGUCGACAGCGCGGUGCUGCUGAAAAACGAGGACAGUGUGCUGCCCUUCGAUGCCUCCUCGCUCUCGAGCGUGGUGCUGGUGGGGAAGUACUGUGACCAGGUGACCGACGACAGCUACGGCCAGGGCAGCACGUACGCUGGUGGCGGCAGCGGCUACGUGAUGAGCAACCGGACAGUAUCCAUCUACAAGGGGUUGACGGAUAAGCUGAAGUCGGCGACGGUGACCAAGAGCAAGGACGCUGCUGGUGCGAAGGGGGUGGACGUGGCGGUUGUCUGCUUGGCGGCCCACUCGGAGGAGGGUUGGGACCGGGAGAGCAUCGAGAUGCCAGAGGCCGACCUCGUUGGGCAGCUUCGCAAGCAGGACCCAGAGCAGACGAUCGUGGUGAUUGGUAUCACGCCUGGGGCGGUCACGACCCCAUGGGUCGAGGACGCCGACGCCGCCCUCCUGCUGUUCAUGCCCGGCGAGCAGGUCGGCCCGGCCGUGGCGGACCUCCUGCUCGGCGUCGCAUCCCCCGGCGGACGGCUGCCGGUGUCGAUGCCCAGAGCCGACGAGCAGCGGUUCGUUCCGGCGCAGUACCCAGGCGAGCCGUACAACGACGUCAACAUGACCGCGAAGUUCUCGGAGGGGGUCCUCGUGGGGUACCGCUGGAACGUCGCCAAGGGCGUCCCCUCCGCCUUCGCCUUCGGUUUCGGGCUCUCCUACACGGAGUUCCAGUACGGAACGCCGGCCGUCCAGCCCAGCGGGAAGGGUGUGACGGUCACGCUGCAGGUUAGCAACGUCGGCAAGCACGACGGCUCCGACGUGACGCAGGUCUACGUCGGCUUCCCCAGCCUGAAGCCAGCGCUCUUCCAGCUCCGUGGCUUCCAGAAGGUUCAGGUGCCGGCUGGGGGCUCUGAGACGGUCACCAUGGUGCUUGGUCCCGAGGCCUGGAGCUUCUACGACCAGGCGAAGUCCAAGUGGGUCUGCGCGGCGGACUUGGGCGAAGAGGUCACGAUCAGCCUGGGGCGCUCGGCGGCCGAUCUUUUCUGGAGCGCCACGCUCGCCGACGGCAAGGUGGCUGUCACCGCGGCGCCCAGCGCGCAGCCCUCGGCGGCUCCCGAGGCUGCCGCUGCCUCCCCCCAGGCGGCCGCCGAUCCCGCGGCGGCGCAGCCCUCGGCGGCCUCCGAGGCCGCAGCCGCCUCGCCCCAGGCGGCCGCCGAUCCCGCGGCGCCCGUCGUGUAGGCGGCGCCCCGCAGCCCGCGCCGGGGGCCGCCGCCCACGGCGCGCCGCAGCGGCCGCGGGCGGCCGCGUGCCGCCUCGUCGCCCCUCGGCGGCGGCCGCGCGAGGGCGGCCGCAGCGGCUGCCGCCCGGGCGCUUUCCGCGAGCGCCGAGCGCGGCGGGUGCCGUGUGCCGCUUCCGCGGUCUUGGCCUGGGCCGGUCUUCUGAUUGGCGCUUUGCAGGACCAGGCCGUGGCCAGCCCAUGCAUUCGCUCGCCUCCGCCUCUUCCGCCUCCUCGUGCCCAUCCGGUAUAUCAUGAUGAUUGAUUUCCACGGCACUGGUGACUGGGUGGGAUGGCCACUUUGCUUUGUGGAAUUCGUACUGCUAUGCAACCGUUGGUGGGUCAAAGUAGCCCCUGCGGCGAGGCAGGCUGCAGCUAUGGAUGGGGAAGGAAGGCUGGGUGGAUGGGGGAGGAAAGGUGGGGGCACAGCGGCACCGCAUGCCGCUCCGCAUCGCUCCGCUGAGUUUGCGGGCAGGGUAACGCAACGCGUUGCUCGUUGCAUCGAUCCCCGAGGGCGCCCCUCGGCGUGGUCUCGAUCGCUCGUGCCCCUGCUUGCAGCACGCCCGCGGGGAGCUGCGAAA